AUGACUGAUUCAUCAGAAGCUGACCAUAAACUGGAUAAUAUUGAUUGCACAGAUUUCUUACAUAUUUCUCCAUUUUAUUGCUAUUGCUUGGUUCUAAAAGGAUUACCACCUUCAAAGAUAUCUCAUGAUGAAAGAAAAAAGAUGAAAGAUAGUUGGAAGGAUCUCAAAACAUCAUUCAAGUUAUACUAUGUCGAUAUGGCAAACUCAAAAUGUGGUGGUAAAUGGAAUUCAGAUAAGUUUUAUGAAAAAGAUGGGGUGAUAAUAGCACAGAAAACACAAUUGCCUGUUCAAAGAUUUACCCCUAUUACAGAUAUUAUUGAUCUCCAAAAUAAUCAACAAAAUAAUGAUUUUAAUUCAGUUUUAAAUAAAAUAGAAAAUACAAUCAAUCUUACUACUAAGAUGCAUUUAUAUGAUACAAACAAUUGGGCUGGAUUUUCAAAUUGA